GGCACCGUCGCUGUUGCUCUUGAACGCAGCUCGUCACUUUUCAUUCAACCCAGCACAAACACUGCUUCCCGGACAGAAAGGAAACAGAAGCCGAGCUGAAGGCAGCCAGGAUGACGAGCCUGCAGCUGAGUGCGAUGGAGGAGAUGGUGGAGAGGUUUCUGGACGCUGCAGCCAGAGGAGACCUGGCCCAGGUGUCCCAGCUGCUGUCCCACGCCCCCUCGCUCAUCAACCAGACGGGAUACAGCGGCUGGACGGCGCUGAUGCUCGCCGCUCGUAACGGACACUACCAAGUGGUGGAGGAGCUGCUGUCUCAUGGCUGUAACAAGUACUCAGUGAACAGCUCUUCUCAGACCGCCUAUGAUAUCGCCAAGUUCUGGGGCCACAGACACAUCUCCAAUCUGCUGGGCCGGAAAGACGACACCAGCCAGAGAAUUCUGCCGGGCUUCGACCUCCACCAGCAGGAGAACUACUUCAGCAGAGAGACGCUGGACCGGCUGAGUGCCAAGAGGACAGACACAGUCUGGUUGGAGGAGAAACAGAGUGAUCCCGAUACAGUCUACCUCCUGUUCUGCAACCUCAGCCCCAUGGUCAGCAGCCCUCAGGCAGACGCCAACACAGGGGUUGAGACCAAGCUGUGUCGGUUCAGAUAUGAGGCAGUCAAAGACCUCCUUCAGAAACCUGCGACUGUGCUCAUCUUCCUUGGAGUGGAGAAGUGCAGAAAACCCUCCUCUCCCUCCUCUCGGUCGACAGAUGGUGUUCAGGAGCCUCCUGCUUGGUUUGCCAUCAACACAGAUGAAGAUGCUGCUGAACUUCUUAAACGCUGCAGAGAAAAGAACUGCAGCUUCCCAAAGACGCCCAACAGAGACCUGCUGAAGCUCAAUGAGGAAGAGGCCGGAGUCGUGGCUCAGGCUCGGGCGGUGUUGGCCUGGCACAGCCGCUACAGCUUCUGCCCGACGUGUGGCAGCAGCACCAGGUUGGAGGAGGGAGGAUACAAGAGGAGCUGCCUGAACUCUGACUGCAGGAGUCUGAAGGGGGUUCACAACACCUGCUAUCCACGAGUCGACCCAGUGGUCAUCAUGCUGGUGAUCCACCCUGAUGGAAACCAGUGUUUACUGGGAAGGAAGAAGAUCUUUCCAGUUGGUAUGUACUCCUGUCUGGCUGGAUUCAUAGAGCCUGGAGAACCAAUAGAGGAGGCGGUGAGGAGGGAGGUGGAGGAGGAGAGCGGAGUGAAGGUUGGACCAGUUCAGUACGUCUGCUGCCAGCCCUGGCCGAUGCCCUCUAACCUCAUGAUUGGCUGCCUCGCUGUCGCACUGUCGACUGACAUUAAAGUGGACGAGAAUGAGAUCGAGGAAGCUCGUUGGUUCUCACGGCAACAGGUAAUUGACUCAUUCAGAAGAACCCGUCCGGCCUUCACCUUCCCUCCUAGACAAACCAUCGCCCACCAGCUGAUCAGACACUGGAUCGGCAUGAACUCUAACCUCUAAAUCUCCAACCUUUAGCACUUGAGCUGCACAGUCAGUGCUGACGCAGCUCCAGGAUGGUCAGAAAGGAUUCAAACAAACAGCAGCUGUCUGGACUUUAUUAGGACAAACCAGCUGCCAGUCGAGCAAAUCACCAGAUUCUUCAGGUUGUACAUGACGCGUUGCUUUUACGUGGUUUGUAUUUACUGCUAAAUUCAAAUCAUUUAAAUGCGCAGCUUGUACGUGGAGUGAUACAGCUUGCACAUGAAGGCAAAGACAGGUCUGUACAAAAUGGGAAAGAUGACAGCAGUCACUCCAGAUCUCAGGUCUGAACCUGCCUGUGUGACAUUAGAUUAAAUAAAAGGCAACAGUGCAAAGUUUAAAGGAUGGAGAAAGCAUACACUAUUGCAGACAGAUUUUAACUGCAGUUAAGUAAAAACAGCUGCAAGAGGAUAUCAAAUGAUUCCUGCCCACAAUUUUUAAACUAACCUAGAUGUAAAAUUUAAGCUCUACUGUCUCAAUAUCACAGCAAGUUAAUACCCCGCUGAAAUUUCAGGCAUGGGCUUUGUUGAAUGGGUUUUAAAAUUUUUAAAUGUGGUCUAAUACAAUGGGCACAAGCUAAGAAGAUUAACUGAUUGAUUAUGAAAUAAAUAUAACUUUGAUUUCCCCUGUGCUUUAAUGGAUUAUUAUAAAUUUACUGCAGCAUUGUCCAAAAAAACCCCAAAAUGGCUGACGCUGGUAACUGAUGCACAAUAAAUUUCUGUAAAUUGAAACAAACUGUAAAUAUUAAAUUGGUUAAUAUAAUAAAGUCUAUGGAAACA